AUGCAUGAAGAUGGCAUUGUAGAGACAAACUGGGGAAGAUUGAGUAGUCAACAAAAGUUGUACUACUCCUUGAGACUCAAGGAGUUAAUCUUCUUGAACUACCAGUUCGCUCUACACAAAUGCAGAGAUCAAUGGGCUGCUGCUCUUCUCCUUCAAGAAGUGAUGAAGGCUGAACGCCAAACAGAGAAGUGGCGAAUUGCAAAGUUGAGCGGAGAAGUUCAAGAAGAAGAGUUGAGAUAUCCUUGGUGGGCAGAAAGUAGUGUGGCAUCCUCACCACCAAGAAGAAACAUGCUGAGCCAUUGUGUUUAA